AUGUCUAUUCCAGGCAAAAAAUGGAUGGGUGCAGAACGGAAGUCAUCUGAAUUUUGGGAAGGAGUUCAAUCAUUUAUCAGGUUCACAAAAGAUACAGUAGGAGCAGAUAAAUUAUUUCUCUGUCCAUGCUCGAAAUGUAAGCUUUUUGCAGAAAGAAAACAAUAUUCUCUAGAGGAAAUACAUUUGCAUCUGAUCAAAAAUGGUUUCCUUAAGACAUACAGAACUUGGAUACAUCAUGGAGAACAACCUCGUACAAAUGUUGUCAAUGUUAAUCAAGCUCCUAAUUUACCUGGUAAUAGAGUUCAUUGUGAUGAUUCUGGUCGGGGAUUGGUCAACAUGUUCUGUGACCUAAAACGACGUAUUGACCUCGAUAACCACAUGGAAGACUGUUUCAAUGAUCCUAAUCAAGAGAGUGGUGAUAAUGUUGAAGGUGAUCAAGGUGAUGAUAUAAAUUACAAGAAGAGGAUUGAAGAUUCAAUACAACCCUUGUAUCCUUCUUGUGAUGGGAAGCAUACGAAAUUGCCUACAAUAAUUGAGUUACUAAGUAUGAAAGCAAGACACAAUUGUUUCGAUGCUUUCUUGACUGAGUUAUUGCAAUUUAUGAAGACUAUUUUACCUGCUGGGAAUACAUUACCGGCAACAGCCAAUAAAGCCAAGGCUAUGAUUGAAACUUUUCGAUUGAAGUGUGAAAUUAUACAUGCUUUCCCGAAUGAUUGCGUUCUUUACCGGAAGGAUUAUGCUGACAUGGAUGAAUGUCCUAAUUGUAAAGCAAGUAGAUGGAAACCAGUUGAUAAGAAGAAACCACAUGCCAAAAGAGUGCCAAUGAAAAAAUUAAGAUAUUUCUCAGUUGCUGAAAGGUUGCAGCGCAUGUUUAGUACACCAUGGAUAGCAGAGCUGUUGAAUUGCAGUGGUAAUAUAGAGGAAAGCAGCACACACAUGAGACAUCCUGUGGACUCUCCUUGUUGGAAGUUUACAGAUAGCAAGUGGCCUGAGUUUUAUGCAGAGAAGAUAAAUGUGCGUUUAGGACUGGCAACCGAUGGAUUUAACCCUUUCGGAAUGAAUUAUCCACAUAAUUGUUGGCCUGUUAUGCUUGUACCGUUGAACCUUCCCACAUCACACUGCAUGGCUAAAGAAUUUACAAUGCUGACACUACUGGUUCCUGGUCCAACUGAACCAGGCCAUAACAUCGAUGUGUAUUUGCAGCCGUUAGUCGACGAGUUGAAAGAAUUAUGGUCUGUUGGAAAGUUGACAUAUGAUUCUCAUACAAAGAGUAAAUUUAUGCUGAAAGAAAUCUUAAUGUGGUGUGUGCAUGACUUUCCGUCCUAUGGACAUGUUUCUGGUUGUAGAACAUCAGGAAGAUUUGGUUGUCCUGUGUGUGGUGAAAAGACAGAUGCAAUCUGGCUAAAGAAUGGACGUAAAUUCAGCUACAUGGGUCAUAGAAGAUUCUUACCAGCUGACCACCCCUUCAGAAAUGCAAAAGAAAAAUUUGAUGGAAUCGAAGAACAUGGAGAUGCUCCAUGCCGUUUGACCGGAGCGCAAUUACUAACGAAGAUAAAUAGUGUGCAAACAGAAUUUGGGAAGUUCACAAGUAGGAAGGAAAAAACAUCAAAUUCUACUGGGAAAAGGCGUUUGACGGGCGUCCAACUGUUGAACACUAUGAAUCGUGUACGUACUGAAUCUUGUCGGAAAACAGGUAAGAGGAAACAGACGGUUGAUACAAGUAUUCCGCCAAAUAUGAAGAAGCGCUCAGUUUAUACAAGCACUCCAUGGUCAAAAAGAUCGAUUUUAUUUGAUUUGCCUUACUGGGAGGAUCUGCUGGUUCGACACAAUUUGGAUGUAAUGCACAUUGAGAAAAAUUUUGCUGAGAUUUUUUUUGGAACUAUAAUGGACAAUAAGGAUAAGAAUAAGGAUGGGAUUCCGGCGCGUAAGGAUCUGCAAAUCCUUAAGAUAAAGAGGAAUUUAUGGUUGAAGGAGAGAGGACCUUGA